AUGGGGAACCAUCCCAGCCAACCUGAGGCAGUAUUGAGGCUACGUGGAGAAAUUGCCCGGUUCCCCUUCCUCUCUUUCUUGCUGCUUCUCCUCUUCCUCUUACUUACUUCUCCCUCUCUUCUUCCUCCAUCCAUCUCUGGUCCGAUCGCCUCUUCGAUCUUUCUCUUCCCCACCCUUUCCCCCCUCUCCUCACCCUCACCCUUUCUCUUCUCGUCCCCAACUCCCGGUUCAUUCACAAUGGGUCGCUUUGGUUUCUUGUCCCUGGCUCUCCUUUCUGUCCAGGCCUUGAUUGGCGGCAGUCUCGCGGCGGAUGCUGCUGAGAAGGAUGAUCUCCCUGAAACCCAAUUGCUUUCUGUCACGGCCCACGCCUCCUUCCCUGCCUCCGAGGAGAUCUUCGGUGUCAAGCUUGUCAAUGGCUACCCGACUGAGGCGCUGAUCACUUUCGCCAAUGAGGAUGAAGUUCCUGUGACUGUGAACUUCAUUGGAGGUUCCUUGUCGGCGGUUGAAGGAGAAAGCAGCCAAAUUGUUCGCAACCUGACUGCGCACCGUUACAGCGUUGAGAUCCCGGCCGGUCAGCAGGAGAGCGUCAGCUACAGCUUCGCCACCGAAAUGCACCCCCAGGACUUGCUGCUCACUCUCGCUUCCGUUAUCUCUGAUACCAAUGGCAACCUCUUCACUCUGUACGCCUACAACGGCACUGUCAGCGUCGUUGAGCCCGAGACCAGCAUCUUUGACCCUCAGAUCCUUUUCCUCUACUUCUUCCUCCUGGCUUGCUUUUCUGGCGUCGUCUACUUCUUCUACACCGUCUGGAUCGCUCCCUACUUCCCCCAGAAGCGCCGUGCUGCAAAGGGUCCCGAGUACAAGAAGUCCGCUGGUGCCUCCAAGAAGGAGGCCCCCGUUGAGGCUCCCAGCAGCCCUGCUGUCUCGUCUGCCACUACCUACAACGCCGAGUGGAUCCCCGCUCACCACAUCAACCGUCCUGAGGCCAGGAAGGUCAAGGGUGGCGCCAAGUCUAAGAACCGUGCCUAA